AUGAGGGUUUCACUGACAGAAUCUUGUUCUGAGUCUUUGUCGUGGCGACUCAUUGCAGUGAUUCUGGGGUCCCUGUCUCUGGUUUUCCUUGUAAUUUCUGGAGUCCUGGGUGCCCUAUUUCUCUUGCCUACCCUCCAAGUGAGAAGUCAGAUUGAAAUCCUUCCCCAGCAAGAGGAAGUUCUGAAAAACCUUACGCAGCUGAAUGAAACUUUGGAAAACUGCACCUUGGAAAAGGAUAAUCUCAAGGCCCAGAACACAAACCUGAAAGGAGAUAAACCCAGUGUUUGCUCAGAUUGCUGGAAACAUCAUGGAGGAAACUUUUACUAUUUUACUAAGGAAAGGAAAACCUAUCAGGAAUGUAAAGCAAACUGCUCUUCUCGUGGCUUCAAACUACUCAAGAUAGAGAACAAAGAUGAGCUGAUGAAUUUCCUAAACCCUCUGGCAGAUUUCCAUUGGAUUGGACUAACCCGCAAAGGAAUGGCUUCGCACUGGAAGUGGGAGGAUGGCACACCUCAUUCCAGCCACCUGUAA